AAGUAAAUAGAAAUGUAGAGCAAAUAUUUCAACUCUAUAGUGGGCAAUGGCAUGGUCAGUAGGACUGAGUGAAAAAAUACAUCUUUAGUUGCAGAUAUACAGACAGUAGAAGAGAGACAGCAAUGAAGGCAGUGGCGGGGCUGUGCCUGUAUAUGUAUGUAUGUAUCCUAAGUUAGAUACGGAAGAGGUUAAUUCCCAAGGCGCAAUCGGUGGAUGUGCCGUUGCAUUCUACCGUGCUUGCUUUGUAGCGCGCCAAUUCCAAAUCCCCUUGUAAAUUAAUGCAAUGGAAAACGAAAAUCAUUAAGAAGGGAGAGAAAUGGAGGGGGGGAAAAAAGGACAGGCGUGAUGGUCUUCUCAGAUAAAAACCACACCUUGGCUUUCUGUAUUUUGCUGUCUCUCUCUCCGCAGAUGGAGAUACGCUACUGCUUCCAAGAUUGAGCUCUCUCUCUCUCUCUCUCUCUCUCUCCACAUCUGCUUUUCAAGAUAAUGAGCAGAGACCAUCCAGUCAGAAAAGGAUGGCCUUCCUAGAGCAAGAGGAGACACUGCCACAGAACCCUUUGUUUGUUCUUGACGGUCUCUAUUGCGAGGAGGAACACGUUGAGGAGGAUUUGGGAGAAGGAAAUCUGAAGGAACCUUUGGGUUUCUUGGAGGAUGAUGAGGAUUAUGAUGAUGAGAUUGUGAGUCUAAUGGCGAAAGAGAAAGUUAUCCAUUGUUUGUAUUCAGAUGGGUUUUUGAUGGCGGCAAGGAGAGGGGCCGUUCAAUGGAUGUUGAGGGUCAUUGGCCACUAUGGUUUCACUGCUAUGACCACUGCUUUGGCCAUUAACUACUUUGACAGAUUCAUUACGAGCCCUUUCUUUCAGAGAGAUAAGCCAUGGAUGAGUCAGCUUGCUGCUGUUGCUUGUCUCUCUUUGGCUGCUAAAGUUGAGGAGACCCAAGUGCCUCUUCUCUUGGACCUGCAAGUGGAGGAAUCAAAGUAUGUGUUUGAAGCAAAGACAAUUCAGAGAAUGGAGCUUCUGGUGCUUUCUGCUCUUGAAUGGAAGAUGCAUCCUGUAACCCCACUUUCAUUUGUUGAUCAAAUUGUUAGGAAACUGAGAUUGGGGGCAAAUUUGAAUUUAAGGUUACUGUGGAGGUGUGAGCGCCUUCUUCUCUCUGUCUUUACUGAUUCGAGGUUUCUAUCUUUUCUUCCUUCUGUGUUGGCCACCGCAAUAAUGUUACAUGUUAUCAAAGAGGUUGACUCGUGCAAUGUAUUAGACUGCCAGAAUGAGCUUAUUGACGUUCUCAAAACAAGCAGGGAUAGAGUAGAUGAGUGCUGUAAGCUCCUCCUGGAAUUACCUGGCAAUCAUGGUCAGAUGCACUGCCCUCCCCACAAGCGCGAGUGCCAGUCCAUACCCGGAAGCCCAAGUGGCGUCAUUGAUGCCUAUUUGAGCUGCCAUAGCUCAAACGAUUCGUGGGUCUUUUUGUGCUCAUCCGAACCCCCCUUAAAGAAGAGCAGAACUCAUGAUCAGCACAUGGGAUUGGCUCCAAUAAGCCAAAUGUCUGUGGGUUUAGUUAGCAGCCCUUGAUGAUCUUCAAUUUCUUAUGUACUCCUUUUGGCCAUGGUAUUUGCGAUCUCUCUAUUGCACAUUAAAUGCAGUAUGCGUUCUUAAGGUGCAGUUAUACUGUAUUCCAAGGUAUUAUUACUAUAGGGCACUUCUUUACUGGAAGUGCUGGCUGAGUAAGCUAUAAGUGGGAAACUGUUGAACACAUGAUGCUAUCCUUUCCACAUUUAUAGGUAACACAAGAGUAUAUAGUUGUAAUUUUAGAAA